AUGUCGAAAAUAGCUCUUCCAUUCAUGCCUUCCAGUACUCCAGCUGGGGGAGUGCCAAACGUGGGGCAAAGAAGCCUUCCCCCGCUUAUCCAAGAAAAGGAACAAAGACCAUCCCAGAUCAAAUUCGUCCGAGCGGCGCAAAUGUGUCUCUUUGCUGAUAUUACUAGCUGGCCACCACUGGGACAGGUUACUUGCUUGAAAAGGAGUGGGAAUGGGGAUAAGGUCCGGUUUACUGUUCUCCUCCAGUCAAGCCGUUCACUUCCGGAACAGACCUGGGAAGUUUCCAUCUGGCAUAACGUCAAUAACAGGGAUCGUUGGGAAGCUCUCCCUUUGCGAAAGGGUUCAGCAUCACAAAUGAUUAUGUUGUCAGUGGGUCCGGCACCGGGGCCAGAUUAUCAUACCUACAGCUUCUCUGAGGAGCUUGACUUCCCAAAAGUCGGUAGGCAUGCAUCUUUUACUGUUAGAUAUAGAAUUGAUGCAAAUGCCUCAUGGCAGUGGGUCAAUGAUCAGUUCGGAAUGAAAGAUGGGGAACUAGUUUUUGAACCGACCCACUCGCAACUUCUCAAAGAUCUUGAUCCGGUCGCCCAACCGUCGAAGUCGUUAACGGAGUACUUAGAUGAUCUCAAUCCCGAUCUCCAGAUUGAGGCACAUCCAAGUGAAUCUCCAGGUGCAAUUUUAUGGAGCGUGACUGGUUCCAUCUUGUCUGCCGUUGGUGACGAGAGCACAUUCGAAGAGAUAAAAUUCGGCCUCCCGAAAGACUUCGUCAGAUAUUUUGCUCUUGUUCGAAUAUGGGAACCUUGGUUGGCACCUCGACAUGGCCUGAGCAAGCUAGCUCUCACGGAGGAUUCCAUUUUUCUAGCAUUUCUGCGCAAGGAUGGAACUCAUCUCGUUCUCCUAGCGAUCAGUGGUGUGGACAAUGUCCUGACUACCUUCAAAUCUGGAGACAAUGGCCAGGUUGUGACUGCUGUGAAGAACGAUAGUAUCCACAACUCGACAUAUCAGGUCCUAGUUGCAGUGGCACCUUCUUUCGAGGUUGCCAAUUCUGCUGUAAUGUACGAGGCACGAAAAGCCUUGGGAAAGCUUUCCGGGACUGGGCCACCUUCUCCGUCCAUACCGCAGGAGCUGAGUGAACCGAAAUCGCCGUUAGGCAACGAUGUGGUUAUCGUGGAGAAUGACCCCCAGGUCCAAUGGAUGUAUGAUUGGUAUGACGGCCUAGCGUAUUGUACUUGGAACGCGUUGGGUCAGGAUCUCACGGAAGAGAAAAUAUUAAAAGCCCUCGAUACGCUAAAGGAUAACGGCAUUAAUAUUGUCAACCUCAUCAUAGAUGAUAAUUGGCAGGCGUUGGAUAACAAGAGCGAGUCUCAGUUCAAACGAGGAUGGAUGGAAUUUGAAGCGAAUAAAGAUGGGUUCCCAAAUGGGCUGAAGCACUUAACUAGCAAAAUACGACAGCAUUACCCGCAUAUCCAACACAUCGCCGUCUGGCAUGCUCUCAUGGGCUACUGGGGUGGUAUCUCGCCUCACGGGCAGAUCGCGAAAGAGUACAAAACUAAGAUUGUCAAGAAACGUGACGGCGUUGCGGGAGGGAGUAUGUUGACAGUUGAUCCCGAUGACAUUCAUCGGUUCUACGACGAUUUCUACAAAUUUCUUUUGGCGGCUGGGGUUGACUCUGUGAAGACAGAUGCCCAAUUCUUCCUCGAUUUGCUCCAGGAUCCUGCUGAUCGGGUCCGAUUCACCACGGCAUACCAAGACGCUUGGUCGGUUGCCUCAUUGCGAUACUUCCAGGCCAAAGCAAUCACUUGCAUGUCGCAGACACCGCAAAUAAUUUUCCAUUCACAAGUACCGACCAACAAGCCAAAGAUGCUCUUGAGAAAUUCCGAUGACUUCUUCCCCAAUAUUCCCUCGUCUCACCCCUGGCACGUGUUUUGCAAUGCACAUAAUGCUCUGUUCACCCAACAUCUCAAUGUCAUACCUGAUUGGGACAUGUUUCAGACUAGCCACCCGUAUGCAUCUUUCCACGCGGCAGCUAGAUGUGUCUCCGGCGGUCCGAUAUAUAUCACUGACGUACCGGGUGAACAUGAUAUCAACGUUAUCAACCAGAUGACAGCCCCAACAGUGGGAGGUAACACCGUCAUUCUCCGGCCCAGUGUCUUGGGAAGGUCCAUUGACGUGUAUCAUAACUACAACGAAGGUAAGAUGCUCAGAGUCGGCGCCUAUACUGGCUGGGCCAAGACUGGCAGCGGAAUCCUGGGCCUUUUCAACGUCAGCGCUCAGAAAACCAGUUCUAUGAUCUCCAUUCUUGAUUUCCACGGCGUCUCCCCUGGUAGCGAGGAUGAAUAUCUAAUCCGUGCACACUCCACUGGGAGAAUCUCACGCAUAAUAAGGCCCUCCGACCAAGAUCCCCUGGUCGCCAUAUCUCUUGAGACGAAGGACUGGGAAAUUUUAACCGCCUACCCGGUCCGGAGCUUCGAAAUGCCAAAUCCACUUGACAAGGACAAAACCACAAAUAUAGAGGCCACUACUACCACCACAAGUGUCGCUGUCCUAGGCCUCCUAGGCAAAAUGACUGGCGUGGCUGCUAUUGUGAGCUCAGACAUUUUCCUCGUGGCCAACCGUCGUCUCAGAUUUGAUGUUACGCUGAAGGCAUUGGGAACACUAGGCAUUUACAUUUCUGACAUUGACACACGCUCCAUAGAAAAAGGCUUUAUGGUCAUGCUUUCGGGUCGAGCGGUACCAGUGCAUACCGUUCAGUUGCAGCCUGCGGGAGCUGGUGGGCAGAAGGUUGUAGCAAUUGAUGUUGCGGCAGCGUGGAAGGAGCUUGGCUUAUCUAAUGGAUGGAGUAACGAGGUUGUUGUUCAAGUUUUUUUGAGCUAG